GUCGAGAAGAUGUGUAGUAAGGGAGGUAAGCACCAUUGCUCGCUACGGACGCCGUGAGAUCGCGGUAAAUUUGUUAACUUUCAGGAGUUAUAAUGUCAACGGAUAUGUCAACACAAUUUAUGUAAAAUGUUAUUUUAUGCGUGAGCUGUUUCUUUAGAGCUACGUGUAAGCGUAUUUAUUCCUUUUAUACAGCGUAUGAUUUCUCGGUUGUCUCGUUGCUAACGUCCUCGAAGGAGGCCCCUGAUCAGUGAUCUAAGUAGAAUUAUUGUUAUUGAGGUCUUCGAUAUUGACUGAUUAAUGCGCAGUAGACCAAACGUGGUGGGAAAGAGACAAGAAGACUGGUGUUUAUAGAUAGUGAUUUUAUUUUAACACAUGGGAAGUAAUAACAGUAAGAAUUCUCCACCAGUAGCACUAAUGCCUCCAUCCUACACCCAGCUACAAGAUAAUCCAGCUGGCACUAGACACACAGAACAGAAAGAAAUAUCUGAUCUAGAGAAAUCUCAGUUGAAACCACAGUCUCAAAAGCAGUUAAACCGCAAGAAUAGAUUGGUGAAUAAAGAAGUGCCAGUUGAAUCUGUUAGCCUUUCCACAACUACAGCAGCAGUUGCUAUUCCACCAAAGACAGUCAUGGCUGCAAAAGAAGAGGAAGAGGCUCUGCCUUUAGAACCUGAAGAUCAGAGAAAGUUUGACACAAUCCUUCGGACAGUUAAUGCAUUAGUAUGUGAGUCUAGCUUGCUUGAAGCAGCCAAUAAAAAUGUCACAAGACUGGGACUAAAGCGGGUGCUGCCUGAACACAUAUCUUUUGUAAAACUACUGUCUAAACUUGAAAAUCUGCAAGUUUUGGAUCUGUCUGGCAACAAUAUGGGCCCUCAGGCUGUUCGUGCCCUGUGUCUUGCUCUACCACCUAACUGCUGCCUUGCCAGUCUCAGCAUUGCUGAUAACAAGACAGACACAGACACUGCAGAGUGUGUGGGGUUCUUGCUAACAAAUGGACCUCCUCUUGUUUACCUGGAUGUGUCUGGUAACUACCUGGGCAAAGACUUCUUUUCACGCUGUGUUGGAGAAGCUCUUAAGACAAACACCACUCUGCAGACUCUUAGGGCUCAGAGUAUAGGAAUGGUCGAUGCAAACAGUUUGCUUGAGGGACUGAAGGAGAAUUCUUCACUGGUAGAGAUAGAUUUAAGCAACAAUACUGUGACUGACAGAAAAUCUAUUGGCUUGGGCAUAGCAGAGUGUUUGAAGAAGCCUAACUGCUGCUUACAGUCACUAGCACUGGCUAGCAGUAACUUAAAUCCUGAAGGUCUACAACUACUGACAAGUGGACUAUCUGCUAACUUUUCUCUGCUGGCCAUCAAUGUCAGUAACAAUGAGUUUGGUUCCCUUCAAAUACUGCUUAACUUCGUGGUGACAGCAUUUUCUCACCCAAAUCUUCAGAAUCUUCACCUAAGUGAUGCAAAAAUCAGUGACAUGACUGUUAAAGGUCCAGGUCCACCAUCUAAAGACAACCCAUCAAAGCUGCGAGUUUUAAGUUUCAACUCAUCACAAGUUACUGAUGAUUUCUUCAAGUGUUUGUCUGCUGUGUUCAGAGGCAGACUCCUUCACCUGUUGGACGUUGAUCUGAGCAACAAUCCUAAUCUAUCAGUUGUUUGUCUAGAAGAGCUGAGGAAGAUGACCUCACAGGAAGGAGGUGGCAGUGGUCUAAGUAAGCUCACAUUUGCUAUGAAUGACAUGGAGGGGCUGCCAGCAUAUCUGUCACCAGAGCGGUUCCCAGGUCUUGCUUACCUCAACAUCAGAAAGACGAAGCUGUCUUCUAAUGCAUUCAUAGCUCUAUCAGGGCUUGUUACUGCAGCGGGGUUGCCUUUGUCAACUCUUGUACUGGAUGGUCUGAAGUUGUCAGGGACAGAGACACUAAAAAAUCUCUGUGGUAACUUGUGUGCCAGCAAGAUUACAGCUUUAAGUCUAAGUAGCUGCUCUCUGGCAGAUGAAGAUCUUUUGCAUCUGGUAGGAGCAGUACAAUCAGGAUUCCAGUCUCACAUGCUGAAGCUGUCAGAUAAUCGCCUGACAGAUGCAGCAGUGAAGGGCCUUGCAGAAUGUUUGAAGUCCUUUCCAAGGCAUCCACUUUCUGUGCUGGAUUUGUCUGUGAAUCAGAUCCAUGAUGAGGGUGCAAAGAACCUUUGUGGUGUCUACACCAACAAGAAGCACACAUCUAGUCUUCACAGCCUUAACCUUGCCAACAAUGGAAUUGGCAAGGAGGGUCUCCUGGCACUUGUGGCAUGUAUGGGAGGAAAGUUUCCACUGAAAUGCCUGUAUGUGAAUGAUCAGGCAGCAUCUUUUCUUGAAAGUGAGGUGGAGGAGAUCUGCAGUAAGCUUGCAGCUGCACUGGGAUUUACUAUGAAGAUAUCAGAGGAGAAAAUUCAGAGAGGAUGCAGUAAUCUGCCCCCGCUUCCAGAAGGCUUUUUUGUAAACAUUCGCGGCUUAGGAGGGCAUACAGGUGAGGUUGUAUCUGCACUUGACUGUCCAGCAAUUGUCACAGACACUGCAAGCAAACGUCCUUUGACACUGACCUUAGAGCAGGCCCUAGAAAUAGCAGCCAGCUUUCAACGAGACAAGACAGGCCUGUGCUCACUAUCUAAAGAGGACUGGGAUCGAAUCACUGGAGCUGAUAAAGACAACAGCAUACCUUCCUGGCUGAAGUUAGCUGAAAGCCGCUGUAAAGCCUUGUACCUAAGCAACCUUCCAGGGAACAGCACCACACAGAGAAUAGAAGCUCUGUUUGAAAUGGAGGCAGACUGUUCCAUUGAUGAAGUUGUUCUGACAAAGGAUCCUGUCACACGGAACAACAGUGGCACUGGAUGGAUCCUGUUUUCUGAUGCUGAGUCUUUGAAGAAAGCAGUUGACUUCUGUAAUUCAGGCCAGGCCCAGGUAUUUGGCACACCUUUCAGUGCUGCACAAUUGAAAAUUACCUUGAAGGACAAAGGCGACUCAGCUGAGGCUUCCAAAGCAAGGCAGGAUAUGGCUGAGCGACAGCGGGCUCGAGCAGCAGAGGACAGGGCCUACCGUCAGUUGAUUCAGCAAAACACUGAAGAAUCAUGGAAGCGCCAUGCUUACCGACUUGCCCACCCAGCUUAUGCUGAUGGACGUAUCUGGUAAACAGAUCUUUGCAGCUGAAGGAUGUGAAGGAUCUAACAUUCAACAUUGAUCCAGAAUGCAUUUGGGCUUCUUGCACACUCAGCAUUGUGGCAGCCUGACCUAAUUAAGAACUAGUAGAAAAAGAGCUGUUUGGAUGCCUACAGAUUGGAGUGUAGAGAAUAAAACAAAUGUAAUGGCAAUGCAGCUGACCUCUCUUCUCCCAUAUCCCGAGAUAGAAGGAACCUGUAUAUAUAAUCUCAGUAAGGUAUAUGCACUACAACAGUCCUUGUGUUAGGUAAGUUUUAUCUUUUCUAAAUAGUUUUAAAACAGUUUUUAUUGAGUUUAAGCAAAGUAACAUUUGCUUUUGCAAGCCAGCAAAUAAUUGGUGCAGCUGUUGGUAUCAGGUUCUGAUCUUGGCUCUGACACUUCUGGAUAUGACACCUGUUUACAGGACUGUCAUUGGUUUUCUCUGGGUACUCCAGUAUCCUCCACCCUGUGUUUGUGUGUGCAUGUGAGUGCACAUGCACUGUGCAGAGUUUUUGCAUGUUUAUGUGUGUGUUCUGUGUGCAUGAUCAUGACGAUGCAUUUGAUGUCUACUCUAAAAAGGUGUGUUCUCAUGCACACGUAUUGAGCCUGGCUGGUACUAAGGAAGGAUCGACAUUAAAUUAAAUUAAAAAUGCAUAGAGUCACACAGGCUACAUAUACUUAAGUCACAUGUAUUAAGCAUUAUCAUUUAGAAAUCUAAUAGAUUGAACAAUAUAAGUGAUUCGUAGUUGUCUUCCAUCUUCUAGUAGACUGAGUGGUUGUAUAUCCACCUUUACCACUAACAUUAUCGUCGUUUCUGUGAAUUCUCCAAGUGCACAGACAUACCCAUGAGUAUUUCAUUUUUAUAGUCUCUUAACCCAAGCAACAAGACUAUAAAGUACAUAUAAAUACUUUUUUAUUUUUCUGAGAUAAAAUUUCUACUCCUAACAAAAAUGAUUUAAGCAGAUAGAUGAAUGCUACAAGUGUUGAGAGCUAUUGUCAUUAAAAAAUAUAUAAUAUAAAAAAAAAUAACAAUAUAUGUGUAUAUAAAUCUUUCCAUAUCGUUCAUGUUACAGCUGCUAUUAUCUAGUAAAAAUAAGAGCUAUUUUAAUGUGUUCCUGUAUUUUUUAAAUGUUCUGUCAUUAGACUUUCAUGUUUAUUUAGCUGUUCUCAAAAUAGAUUUUGACAUGUAUGAACUACAACCCAUAUUUUUGAAGGAUUUAAUUGCCAGCAGGCAUUACUGUGAUAUUCAUGUAGUUAUAUUUACCAGAUUGUAGCACAUUCCCAGCCACAAACAGGAGUCUGUGAUAUUGCUGUGAUACACCCAUAGUUUUGAAUUUACUAAUAAAGAUUCAACCUCUUCA